CGCAUUUCUGUUUAUGCACGUGAACCCGUCUAACGUUAUUUUCGCAGUUAUAUAAAGUAGCAAAUUAUCGUUCCUGAAUAGGUGGCGCCGUGGUAGCGGAUCCUGUUCCUCUUCUUCCGGUUUCUGCACUGUGCAACUAUUUCAGUUAUAUUUUUAAUUAACGAUGCCAAGUACUUGCUGUUGUGUACCUGGAUGUCAUUUAAGAGGAGGACAUGCAUUUCCAAAUGACUUAAAAAGAAGGAAAAGUUGGAUCAACGCCAUGGCCCAUACGCAGAUUGGACGAGAACACGAUGAUAUCGUGGAGUCCAUCUCAAUCAGCUGUUGUUUGCAAGGCACGUUUUACUGAAAAAGACUACGUGCAGGAAACUAUUCAUGGGCGCAAACCCACCAUACAGAGACUUAAGUCUACUGCAAUUCCCAGCCUAUUUUCCUGGACCAAGCAAGAGACUGAAUCGUCCACAAAAAGAAAAAUCAGGGCAGUUUCCUGUGAAAACAAAAGAACUAAACUUGAUGAAUAUUGUAGUAGAAAUCUAGAGGAAAGUUUUGAUUGUAAAGUUGGUUUUCCUGAAGAAGUCAUUCAUACUGCAGAAAGGAUUUAUGACAGUCCACCACCAACUGCCGAGCUAAUGUUGAGCUUCACAGAUGGAAUUACGCAAACACCAUCAAUGCCUAUGUUUUCAGCAGAGAAUUUUGAAAUGAAGACACGUGACACAGCCAUGCAUUUUUAUACCGGUUUAGAGUUGUAUACUAAAUUUUUAUUUGUUUUGACCACACUUGGUCCAGCAGCACAUUGUUUGAGAUACAUAUAUUUUCAAAUUGAUAGGGUGUCAGUUGAAAAUCAGUUUUUUUAUGACUUUGAUGAAAUUGAGGCAUCAUACAACCAACUUUGAACUGUCUAGAUUCUAGAUUGACUCUAGUGUUAAGAAUAUUGUGUAUACAUGGAUUAUUUUUAUGUCUAAACAGUGGUGUGAGGCUAACACUUGGCCAUCUAGUGGUUUAGUCAGGUAUUUUUCACCAUCCAACUUCAAAUUAAAGUUUCCUACGACUUGGAUUAUUAUUGACAGCACAGAAUAUCCCGUGAUAAAACCUAAAGCUCCUAGAGCUCAGGCAACCUUUUCAUCAAAUAAAAACAGAAACACUGAAAAUUCUUGAAUGUUCGACACCUGGUGGUUUAGUCAACUAUGUCUCUAUGUCACAUAGAGCGAAUUAUUGGACUUGGCAAAACAUACAAAAUUCUAAUAAAUACUAUGAAUGAAACUGAAACAAAACUUUCAUCUGAAAUAACAUUUAGUUGUUGUAUGUUGUGUAAUUUUAGAACUUGUAUUGUGCCAAAGGAUGCAUAAAUAAAAGUGACGCAAUGAAUUUUGUUCUGAUAUAUAUAUAUUUACAAUUACAUGCACAUGUAAAUUGUAAUGCAUAUAAAAAUAAGGAGAUGUGGUAUGAUAUUCAGUGAUUUUAUCAAACUAAAGUGCAUAAGAAAUGGGUUUAAGCAGUUACAGGUGUUCCUGUCACCGUACAAUCUCCAACAAUGAGAAAAACUCGUACCCUGUAAAAAAUUUCAGAGAUCUUACAACUAAGUUUUGUUGUCUCACCUUGACUUUGGUGAAUUUUUUAUAUCUGUUGAUGUAAAUAUAAAAAAGAAGAUGUGGUAUGAUUGCCAAUGAGACAACUCUCCACACAUGCACUAGAGACCAAAUGACACAGAAAUUAACAGCUAUAGGUCACAGUACGGCCUUCAACAAUGAGCAAAGCCCAUACCGCACAGUCAGCUAUAAAAGGCCCAGAAAUGACAAUGUAAAACAAUUCAAACAAGAAAACUAACGGCCUAUUUUAUGUAAAAAAAUGAACAAAUAUAACAAAUAUGCAACACAUAAACAAAC